CGCACCGCAAACCUCGUACGAUUCGAUCAGGAAAGCGUUCGAGUCCACAGCAAAGUCGAGUGCUCGUUAAUCAAAAAAAAAAAGUCGAGUGCUCGAGUCACGUCAGCUCCUCGAAGUCUCUCUCCUCUGCAUUCUUCGCGGGCCAUGGAGACGCUCCUGGUCGGCAACCCCGCCAACGGCGUGGCGAAGCCGAUGUGCACCGGCGUCGGCGCGCUGCCCGUGGCCAACUCCCACGCCGUCAUCGCCGCGCCGCCGCCGGCCGCGGUGGCCCCGGCGGGCGCCACGCUCGGCCGCCACCUGGCGCGCCGGCUCGUGCAGAUCGGCGCCUCCGACAUCUUCGCCGUCCCCGGGGACUUCAACCUCACCCUGCUCGACUACCUCAUCGCCGAGCCGGGGCUCACCCUCGUCGGCUGCUGCAACGAGCUCAACGCCGGGUACGCCGCCGACGGCUACGCGCGCUCCAGGGGCGUCGGCGCCUGCGCCGUCACCUUCACCGUCGGGGGCCUCAGCGUGCUCAACGCCAUCGCCGGCGCGUACAGCGAGAACCUCCCCGUCAUCUGCAUCGUCGGCGGGCCCAACUCCAACGACUACGGCACCAACCGCGUCCUCCACCACACCAUCGGUCUCCCGGACUUCUCCCAGGAGCUCCGCUGCUUCCAGGCCAUCACCUGCCACCAGGCCGUCGUGAACAACCUGGACGACGCGCACGAGCAGAUCGACACGGCCAUCGCGACGGCGCUAAGGGAGAGCAAGCCAGUGUACAUCAGCGUCAGCUGCAACCUCGCCGGCCUCUCCCACCCGACGUUCAGCCGGGAGCCAGUGCCCAUUUUCAUCUCACCAAGAUUGAGCAACCAGGCGAACCUGGAGCACGCCGUCGAGGCGGCGGCGGAGUUCCUGAACAAGGCCGUGAAGCCGGUGAUGGUGGGCGGCCCCCGGAUCCGGGUGGCCAAGGCCACGAAGGCGUUCGCCGGCAUCGCGGACGCCAGCGGGUACCCGUUCGCGGCGAUGCCCUCCGCCAAGGGCCUGGUGCCGGAGCACCACCCGCGGUUCAUCGGCACCUACUGGGGCGCCGUGAGCACCUCCUUCUGCGCCGAGAUCGUCGAGUCCGCGGACGCCUACCUCUUCGCGGGCCCCAUCUUCAACGACUACAGCUCCGUGGGCUACUCGCUCCUGCUGAAGCGGGAGAAGGCCGUCAUCGUGCAGCCCGACCGCGUGGUCGUCGGCAGCGGCCCGGCGUUCGGGUGCAUCCUCAUGGGCGAGUUCCUCGGCGCGCUGGCCCGGCGGCUCAGGCGCAACACGACGGCGCACGACAACUAUCGCCGCAUCUUCGUCCCCGACCGCGAGCCGCCCGCCGGCAAGCCCGACGAGCCCCUCCGGGUGAACAUCCUCUUCAAGCACAUCAAGGGCAUGCUCUCCGGCGACACCGCGGUGGUCGCCGAGACCGGCGACUCGUGGUUCAACUGCCAGAAGCUCAGGCUCCCCGAGGGCUGCGGGUACGAGUUCCAGAUGCAGUACGGGUCGAUCGGUUGGUCGGUCGGCGCGACGCUCGGGUACGCCCAGGCGGCCAAGGACAAGCGCGUCAUCGCGUGCAUCGGCGACGGGAGCUUUCAGGUGACGGCGCAGGACGUGUCGACGAUGCUGCGGUGCGGGCAGCGGAGCGUCAUCUUCCUCAUCAACAACGGCGGGUACACCAUCGAGGUGGAGAUCCACGACGGCCCGUACAACGUGAUCAAGAACUGGGACUACACGGGCCUGGUCGACGCCAUCCACAACUCGGACGGCAGCUGCUGGACCAAGAAGGUCCGGACGGAGGGGGAGCUCAGGGAGGCGAUCGCGACGGCCACGGGCGCCAAGAAGGACUGCCUCUGCUUCAUCGAGGUGAUCGUGCACAAGGACGACACGAGCAAGGAGCUUCUCGAGUGGGGCUCCAGGGUCUCGGCUGCCAACAGCAGGCCGCCCAACCCGCAGUGAUCCGCAGCUCACCGAGCUCUUUCGGCCGUCCUGCGAUGGCGCCUUCGGCAGCGCUCCAGUCUCCGACCUAUUUUCAGCCAGUUCAUUUGUCCGUCUUGCUUUGAGCAGCCCUCUUUUUUUUUUUUUGAAUUAAUAUAUGUUGUCCACGGCGAUGGGGCUGCCGGUCCUAUGAUAAUGCUCGCAAUUCAGUUGCUUGGAUUUGAGUUCUAGUGUAAAUUAUUUGCAAUCUGUAUUUGCUGCAUAUGAAUGGAUCAAUAACAUGAACUGGAAAAGCUUCACCCUGA